UCGAGCGAUCUUUAUACCGUUUGCUUCGAAGAAACAAAGAAAAUAAAACGUCGUUAAUCGAUUGAUGUUAAAAUAACAAAGUGAAGCGAAUCUAGCGAUCGCGAGUGAAUUUUGCGAUCGUAAUGCAUCGUUCGAUAUUCGUUUGUUUGGUAUUUUUAUCGCUGCUCGCGAUAGCUAGAUCGAAAACGAUUAAUCCUGGAAAUGACGAGGACACGGAAACUAUUAUCACCGGUACAAGACUAUUCACGAUACUUCCGGAUCUGUCGUCAGCUCGCGACGAAUCAAAUGCGAAACUCGACUCUAAAAAAAGUUUAUCGGUUCCAAUGCCAAUGACCGAAGAGAAGAAAGGACACGGAAACGAAGAGGCGCAUGACCCUGUUGGGAUGAGUCAAAAAACGAAACGAUGCAAAACCUCGAUUCGCGAAGAAAGGGAAAAAGUAAACCAGGACCUUUUAAAAUCUAGAAAUACCCGAAAUUCUUACAACGUUCGUCAAAAUGACGACUCUUCCGUCGAGCCAAGUUCCCGAUUGCGGCUGGUUUCGUUAAAAAAUCCUAACACAGCGAUGGAACGCGAUCCGUUGCAACGGUCGAAAGUAGAAGAAUACGCGGCCGAUCGUAACGUUGCCAUUUUAAAAGCGAUUCGUGAGAAACUGAAACUAAAAGCCCGUGACGACACCGUUGCCGUUGGCGCCAUCCGUAGGAACUCGGUGCAAAAGAGCGGCGUAAUCGAUGACGAUAAAUACGUUUGUUACUGUAAGGUGAAAAAUAAUAAUCCAUCCUCUAGAAAAGAAACGCUACGAGAACACGGUAUGUUACCAAGGAAAAGUAAAGCAGAAAAGAAAGAGGAUAACAAGAUUGUGCUUUUAAACGAAAACAGACAACGACAAAAACGAAUCUACGGAAACGGUCCCAAUGAAGCAUAUUUAGCAGAAAGUUUGCUUGCAUCGCGCGAUGAUCGACGAUAUUUAGCCAAUGUUCCGUCUAGAAAACCGAGUCCGAUGGGACAACGAGAAGGAAUCGAGGGAAUACCGUAUCUGCCGUACGUUUAUCGCAUAGAUCCCGAAUACGCGAUCCUUUCAGAUACGAUUCGCACAGAGAACCCGCUGACAAUUAAUAUUCCAUUUAAAGCGGUCGCCGGCAGACCCGAUUCGAAUGUUGGCCAACGCGCGCCAUUCGGUCGAGGUCGCGAUUUUCAUUUUAACCAGAACAAACAAAUUAUUGGCCAACGUCCGUGUACUUCCAAUGUUGCCGAAACACUAUUAAAAGCUUCGCGAAACACAACUCCCGCGACAUCGAUAACAUCGAAAAUAUCCACAGAAAAUAUUUCGAAAGACAACGAUCGUCGCGAUUAUUCGAUCGAAAUGGUUGAGAAAAGCGUCGAGAAAGAGGAAUUUGCAAACGAAUACGAAACGAGUACCGGGCUAGACGGUACAGAUUACUCUGACGUUAAACAAGUGACGCGUACAUAUUUCGAGUCUAAUAGUGGAAAACAUAAUAUAGAUAACUACGAGUCCAACGGUUACUCCUCUUCGACCGAAGCAAACGCGUUCGUUUUCCAAGGUUUUACGCUGCCGGUCAAUGAUACGACGAGCAAGCAAUUAUUCGUGCAAGAUUCAGCGAGUCUCUUGCCGAAACAAAAUCGCGAGAGAGAACGAAUCGACGGCAACGAUACUAACGAGACCACGAUAUCGAUGAAUACCAGCAACGAAACAACAACCAGACACAAAGACGACUCGGACUUUGUAGAGUCGAGGGUGAAAUCGUUGGCCAGUGAGAACGGUGACAAGAUAAAAAAUCAAACGUUGCCUUUCGGCAACGAUACGCUUCUUCGGAAGUCGAUUAAAGCGGUAAUUAAUAAGUUUGCGACCAACGACUACUACGACUCGUCUGAAACGAGCGAAAACAUGGAUCGGGAAACGGUAGAAUCGACGGGCAAUGAUUUACUCGAAGAAAUUGUCAAGAUUCCGAACUUGAAAGGCAUCCUGUCCAUGCCACCGAUCGAACACACGAUCCUCGACAAGGUGAAAAAUCUUUUAGCAAAACUGACCGGCGUCGCUAGAUCGAAUUUCGACGAUGACUGGACCACCAACGUAAUCAAGAGUAAUUUGCGGAACACGAUGGCAGCCGCAGCCGUCUCUGAUGCAGAACUUCCACCGAUGACCGUUAAAGAACGUCAAUUCAAGAACGGGAAAUGGAUUACGAGUCUGGUCACGUUGGAGCCCACGUCGAACGAGGAACCACCAACUGCGACCGAUUUCGCUAAACUACAAGCCACCGUUAAAAGUCUUGUUCGCGAUCCAGCCAUCGACUUGCGAGCAGCCAAGCAACCCGCUGUUCGGAACAUGAUUGUCCAAAGCGUUCAGACUAUCUUUCAGCCGAAAAAUUCGACGAACGAGCAACUGUUGAACGAGUCCGUCAUCCGGGCCACCUUGGACGAUCAACUGACCCUGAUGGAAAUCGAACACGCGGAGAUUACGACAACGGAAACCGCGCAACAGCCCGAAUCGAUCGAUCCAUCGAAUAUCGAUAACUUUCACAAGAUAUUUACCAACUUGAACAUUUACGAGUCAACUUCUACCACGUCUGUCUUAACAAACACGGAGGAAACUGUCGAACAAGAAUUGUCCGAUACAUCAAACAUUACCGACACGAUGCAGAUGAAACACGUCGAUGCCGAUGCCGACGCCGACGCCGACGCCGACGCCGACGCCGACGCCGACGCUGACGUGUCCAAGUUUAACGGGGAAGAUGCCCCGGCUACGCGAGUUACGAGUUCCUAUCCGAAAAACGUUUGUUUCAAAGAUUCCGAAGAGAAGAAACUUGGCCUCGUUACGCCUUCGAAUUACAAUUUGGUGGGAGCGACAAGAAUACUCAAACCCUCGAAAUUUGAACAGAACGAAAGAGAACAAAGUGUCGAAAGCCACGAAGCGGUUUCGAAGCCAACGAUGUUCAACAUUGUACCUGCUAGAUCGAGAAAUCAAGAUGAAUCUUUGAGGGUGUUUUCUACGGAAAGUAACGAUGCUGCGAGCCCAGACGAAUACGAUAGUACAGAAGGGAUACUGGGAAUGGAAAUAAAUUUCAGCUCGAGUACACAAGUUUACCCGGAUUACGGUUCUCCUGAACACGAUUACGCCUAUUUGGGAAAAAUGACCGUAAAGAAGAAUAAUUUCACGGACGACGCCGACGUGUCGAGUCUUCGCAACUCGGAUUUGUAUUACGUCGGUGAUGGAGUAAAACUACCAUUGGAGAUAAGAAAACUGAACGAUGGUUCGUACGCCUUGUCAAUCUCUAGGAAAGUGUGCGAACAUCUAUUAAACAAAGAGUGUCCCUGUUGCGUACCCCUAGAGGGUAACGUUGUUCGCGCUGUAAGAAACAAUCCAGACACAAACGAUACCACCGCGGACAAACUAAUCGAAACGAUUGCAAAGAGAAAGACCAAGAGAAACAUUUCGAAACGUGAAUCGACCAAAGCUAGUUUUUCCAACGAACAAAGAGGACGCGAUUCGGUUGUCGACAGUAUACAUAUUCUCUCGAUGCCCGUCGAGACUUUUGCAAAAAAAUACAAUCUUUCCCUGAGCUUGGAAAAAGUCCAAGCUCCGUGGACUCUUGACGCAAAAGAGAAAAUCACCAACGAUCGAAACGACCAAGAUAACGCUGACAAGGAUCUCAUUCGGGAUUUGUUAUCCGUUCAUGCGGUUUCCGGAAACUACAAAUCACAGGAAACACCUGUGAUUACGCAACAGAAGGGAAAUGCUAACUCGUACAAAAACGUCGAUGCAGCCAAUUAUGAGUACCAACGACAGAAACAGAUCAAGUUUGAUAAAUUCCGUUAUCAGCGUAACAUCGACGAUACCGUAAAUCAACGAGUCGAAAUAGUGACGAACGUGUUAAACUGGUUAAGAGACAUGAUCUUAACCACCACUUCUGACCUCUAAACAAUUCUUUUGCAGUAUCGAAUAUUUAUUUUUUACUAAUAUUGUAUAAUAAAUCGUAACUAUCUUCCGACUAA